AUGUACCAACCUUUCUUCGACGAGCACCACAUAUAUACCUACUUGGAAUUUGGACCGAGUUCCAAUGUAGCACCUCUGAAUCACAGUGCUGCGCAUCACAGGGUAUCGGUAAAACCAAAAAGAAAACAUGGAGCUCCAAAACGACCAAGGGGACAACAGCUGAAUUCUGCACUGCCAGUGACUCCUGAAGUUAACGAGGAUUCUUCCAUCAGAAGUACAUCACCUGAGACUACUAGGAAAGAGUCUCUAACCGAUCUCCCUAGCAUGAAUACCCCCAGUAUGUUAACAGAGAUCCAACUAAAAUGUUCCUCUUUGCCCCCCGGUCUCUCAGGACCGGGAUCGGAGAGCAAAUUGAACAGGAGUAAGUCCAACGCUGGAAGCAAAUCGCAAGACCCUUUCUCCCCUCUACACGAAGAAAAAGAGAAAGAAGGAAAGCUCUCUUUGUUCGAUAGGAUAUUUCCUAGAAAGAGCGGUAGGAAGAAAAAAUCGAAAGAGGAGAAAGAAGCGAAAAACGAAGUUAAGGUCGAAGAGAGCAAGACUCGACACCGGGAACUAGAUAUUGAGGGGAGUACCAUAUCGAUGAAGUCACAUACAGAAAGUUCCUCCACGUAUGUGACGUCCACGUCGGUGAAGUCUGAAGCUCCGAAACCUACGCCUCUUCCCCGUUCGGGAGCCGCUUCACGCCAGAGAGUACUCCCAAUCGAUAUUCCAGCUUCACCUGACGGAGUACGGAAAGAAUUGACAGUAGUUAUUACAAAACCGCCAUCGGAAAAACCUCCCACUGAUACUUCCCCGUUUCAAGCUGAACUGGAAAACCGGUUCAAACACAGACAGAUCUCGAUAUCAACUAGUCCGCCAAAAUCAUUACCAAAACCGGCAGAAACUCCCCCACAAUCUCCGAGGAGGUCGCCUCGAAGCCCUAUACUACCAGAAAGAAAUAUCUUGCCAACUGUGAUAUCCACUUCCACGAUGGAACAAACCCACUUCUCCAAAUCUUCUUCUAUCACCACCAGGUAUUCGGAAACGAGACCGAAGAACGAGGAAUUCCUCAAUAAAAUCAAAAUGCCCGGCCUAUCCUCGCUUCAACAGCGAGUGCUGUCCUUGAACCAAGACGAUAUCGACAACGGUUUCAAGUCCAUGACCGAAAUUACGAACGAACACAAGAUAACGAAGCCUGUUACGAAGUCGCACAGCUUCAAAACUGUGAAACCGCAAUCGUUCGACCUAGAGAUCGGAGCCCACGACAUCAAGUCCUCUACUGCGGACUUCCUGGCAGGAGAGAAGAGAGAGGAGAGUCGUGGUACCGUAACAAAAGCCGCUUCCUUGGACAGCGUUAAGCACUUGGACGAUCAAAUACACUUUUCCAACGUUAGGCUAGAGUUCAAAAAUUCCAAGCCGGAUGUGACGACGAUGAAAGAAACCAAGAACGACAAGGUCAGAAGUGAUGUUUUCAAAGAGUUCCUAGAUUCUCCCAUUACGAUUUCGGGGCCGAGUCACACGGCGAUUGUUAACGUAACAAGCAAUACGGAAGAUUUUACCUCCAGAAACCAAUCCACGGAAACCGUAGAAAGCGGCGUGGUAGAUGGUUCGCAUACGAUCUCUAUAAAGGAACACCAAGUCUCGGUAACGAAAAUCCAGGUCAAGCGAGAGUCGACACAACUCACGCAAAGUACUGUCACCAUCCCUACGGCUUCGGUGCCAGAGUGUUUCAAAAAACCAUUGAACAGGGUUGAGAUUAGACCUUCGAGCAAUAUCAUAAUCUCCAUGAAGUCUCCUAGUAGCGCCGAAGAGCAAAACAGACCAAAGACUUUAUUCGACUUUGAUGUGGAGACAGAGCUAGUAUCCAAACCUCCAGCACCGAGGAAAUUCAGCAAGGAAAACGUGGAAAUAAUCGAAAAGAGUGACGAUUCGUCUCCAAACUCUCCCACCGUUACAUCCCCAUAUAGGUUCAAGAAACCCGAAGCCAAACCUUCGGGACGAAAGUCUUCCAUGGUUUCCAUACUCCCUGAAUCACAAUUGAAAGAGAACACUUUCAAGAGCAGUUCAGCUAGCUUGGAAUCGCUCAAGACAGAGUCCGAUAAGUCCUCCCAAGACAGCCUGGAUAAACUGGAUGAAAAGUUGAAGGAGAAGAACAGCCCAACGACCGAACCGGUUGUCCUGCGCAGGAAGUCCUUGGCCAGCAAAAAGAAGGACGACGAACCUGAGCUAAUGAAAGUGUUCGCUAGGCGGUCGCUAAAGCUUAAAGACAGCGAUCUGGACUCCAUACAGGAUCAACUAACUGACGGUAAAACGAACAAUAGCGACAAGGAAAACCAGACGGAUUCACCUGUGGAUGAGCGUAAGAAAUUAUUUAGUAGGACAUUUGAUAAUCCGCUCGAACCGGAGUUUAUGCAGAGGCGGAAAUCCAUCUCGAAGAGAGAGGAACACACUGAAAUAAAGUCACCAGUAAAGGCGCCCCUGGUUGAGAAUAAAGUAGACGAAUCAGUGAAGAUCAACUCCAAAACAGUUUCGAACACAUCUCCAGUUUUCCUGAAGAAGUCAACCAACAAUAUAUUCCUCGGCCAAAGGGCUUUCAGUAUGAAUCCUCCCAAAUCGGUGACGUCGGAAAUCGUCGUGAAAAAGCAGGCGAGCUUUAGCGAACGGAAGAUUACAGAACAGUGGAUGAGCAAUAUCAAGAACGAGGAUUCUGAAGUGAAGGAUAAAGUUGGGCAGGACAGUAUAAUCAGCAAUAUCUCUCCGAAAGGAGAUUUCAUUACGGAGCCUAAGAAUUUCAGUCAGAGAAAGGCCGAGUGGGAAAAGAGGGCGCAGCUAGCGCAGAAAAAAACGCCAUAGAUAGAAAAUGGAGAAAUAGGAUCGAACGAGAGACAAAUUGAAGUUCAUGUAAAAUACGGAUACCCAACAAUGACAUAAUAAUUAUAUUGUAAAUACCUGUGUUAUUGAUUCAAAUUGAAUGAAUAUCAACCACUGUUUGAUUUUUUUACAUCACGAUGUAAUUUGAAUAGGUCGUUUUUAUUUGGUUGGUGCCAUGUGAUGGAGCAGGCAUUAAUAAAAAGAUAAUUUAUAUAUGUUUUAAUUGUAGAUAGUUAAGUGCCUUUUAUGAGAAAUUUUACCUUGACCCGUGAGAUUGAUGUGUCUUGAUUGUUGACCAAUGAGGAGAUGCCUUGAGCGAUGUGGUGCUUGAAAGAAGGUAUAUUUAUAUAUACAUCCAAAUGGAUAUCAGAACAAAUAUGUAUGUUAAACGUUAUGGGAAUUAAGCAUGUAUCAUUGAUAUUACUUAAUGUAUUUCUUGUAAAAUAAAUCUUUAUAAUUUUGA